CUCACGGAAACAUUCGUACCAUUCAAACCAGUUGCUAUAUAGCAAAAUUAUUUUGAGUUUAUGUAAGCCCUCCUAUGAUUUCCUCAAUUAACUAGAAUGAAAACAUGUGUUGCGUAUUUGAGGAAUUAUCCACCAUAAACUAGAAAUAUUCAGACAAACUGCCUUGUCGCAAGGCUAAAUUCUGAGAAAGUGACCAUAGCUUGAAAUAUUUACGAGCGGAAUUCAAUAAUCCUAGCUCACUGCACGCCUCGAUAUAAAUUAAUACAUCCUGCAACGUUUCAAGAGAAAAUAUUGGCUAAGUAUAUAUUCAUAAAUAAUGGCGGAGCACAAAAAUCAAUAGAUUUUCGUUUUGAGAAAAAGAAGGAUAACUAUAGGUUACAAUAUUAGCGCGAAAGCAAAGUGCAAGAGGACUAAUACUCUCCAGACUUGUAACAAGACUCGCCUUUGACAUCCGCCUCAUGAUGGUUUACCCGUUUUUCAGCUGAAUUUUUUUUUUUUGUCUGGGUUGCAUUGCUCCAUCAGACGACUGGCAAGACGGCUUCAUGAGAAGAGAGUGGUGCUUUACAUGGCAGGCUUUAACACUGAAUUACUAGGUUGAAUUUGAAUUUGCUGCAAGACAUCUCAAGUUGCAUGGUUUCCGCUGUUAAAGUGACAGAUGUGAAAUGAAAGCAGGGCGAACAUAAUGAUUGGCGGGUUGACGUACAACUUUUUGAAACGUUUUGCCAGUGCUGAUAAUUAUGAUAUCAAAUGGCGUUCCGUCGAAACGAGGUGGAGGUGGUGACGAAUAUCAAAUUGCAUGCGUGGUCUAACCAGAUUUUGCAUGUAUUACAGUUCAUCUUGUUUCCUGUCUUUCGUUGAGCUUCUCUUUUAUCACUAAAACUUUCUUGUGCAUGUAACAGCUAUGCUUCUAUCAUUCUCUUCCAUGCUUUUCUUUUCAUUAUUACUCUCACCGUCUCUUGCUUAUCUCGACUGCCGACCAGUAAAUGCUCUCAUUCGCUUUGAUUCGCAGCGUUUCUGGAAGGCGGACGAUUCCUACGAGCCUACUACCACUGCCAAAUCAGUGGAUACGAGGCAUGGCCAAAGAUCAUCAUCAUCACCUCUGACAGCCGCUGCACGGGCGACCCAGACCGCAGCCGCACCUCGAAGGCGUCAACAGCAGAUCGGGCCGCUGUUCGGAUCCAUGGCUCUGUAGCGUCAGCGGCAGAAGAAAAGACUCGGUAAAAAAAAUGCUCCUGCCCAUCGACGCCUACCGCCUGCCGUGGGAGAGCGAUGACCACUGGGAGCUUCGCAGAGAGUUCAUCACGGCCAAUGACGGCCUGGUUGAGGAGGCCAAGUUGCUGAGCCUGUCGCAGGCGUUCAUCAGCAUGCGGAGCCUGCGCUGCACCUACCCAGUCGAAGUGCGCUCCAAGGUUGCCGAGCUGUCCAAGAACGCGAAGAGACUUCCGGAGCUGCUCGCCAAGCACCGCGAGAGCAGGAAAAUCCUGUUCACGUAGCAACCAAAGCCAACCAUCAUCAACAAGAAGCCGCAAUAUACGCCGAUUGUACUGUGGCGAACGCUGCACUCGGAUGACGCUGUACGCCAAAGCCAGUGCUCUGCAGCGUGGAAAUCGAAAUGGAACUGACUCUCUCCUGUCUCCGCAGCGGAAAAAAAUUUAAUGCGAGUGUCUCCAGCCUGUAGCAAGCUUAUAUUUAUCAGAUCCACGUCGUUAAUAAUCCCCUUUGCGGGUGUUGCAUGAGCCAAAAUUAAAGCAACCGUUCUUUUUUUUUUUUUUUGAAAGAGAUGCGUAAAGAUCGAAAAGACCGCUCAUGUCACCACAUUUAGUGGUUCACAAGUGAGGACUCCAAAGGCGAAAAUAUUUCGUAUCCAUACUCGGUGCAUACCAUUUGCUUAUUAUGGAGAACGUGCUCUAUAUAUACCUCGCUUUAGCACACUUAUACCGUAGAUUGACAGGUUUGAUUGCGUUAUGACGCUGCUAUUGUCAUGUAGUCUAACGUCACGUAGCAAUGUGCGUUUGGCUUGCAUUGCGAGAUUCAUUUUCACAAAUACUGAAGCAAGUCGUGCUGAUGUUCUCGAAAACAUCGCGGUGUUGUCUUUCUUUACUUACAUCCAACCGGAAAAGCCUGCCCCCCUCUAACUUAAUGUAGCAAUAGCAACACAUACUCUCCUCGCGCCAAACCAUGUUCCUUUUGUAUGAAAGAAGAGAAUAAAAUUGGCACUGCUUCUUUGCUCUCAA